UAAGAAGAGAAACCGCUUCAUAAAAAUCAAUUCUGACGUGAUUGUUAAGGUGGAAAGGAACAAAGUCAAUUUAGGUACUGAGCUACAUUUAGCUACAAAGAUAGACGGACACAAACAUGAUUGACUCGUCUCAAUUUGAUGAGCUUUUUCAAGAAUCGGUAUCUCAAGUAAAAUCAUGUUUGCAACGAUCGAGAUUAAAAUCAAGAUCCGAACCAAAUUCACCAUCUGGUUCAUUCAAAAGGAAGUUAAAAUCGGAACAACUAAUAGACGAGGAAAACAGAAGAAACAGUCUGCCGGUUCCUAUAUUUUCAAAGCUAUCUAGUUCAUGUGAAGACAUCUUAAAUGAGAAAAGGAGACCUAUACGACGAUUUAGGUCCACAAAAUUUAUAGCGGGAGGAAUUGUUGAGACCGAAGACAAACGAGACAGCUAUACAAGCUUAGACAUUCCUAAAGACCUGGAUAGAAGGCGACUUUCAAGUGAAACUUCAGAAGACAGUGCUAUUUGCUGUGGUUGUUCUUCUACAAGUUUACCUGGAUAUUACCGUGUGUGUGUCAUCGGCGCUGACGCUGUCGGAAAAAGAACAUUGAUAAACAAAUUUAUGAGCUCAGAUGUUAUGACUACAGAUGGAGAUGACGAUGAUCGAUUUGUGACUGUAGUAAUAGACAACGAAGAAUCAACUCUGGAAUUUGUGGAUUUUUCAGAGGAUGAGGAUCAAAGGUACCCAGUUGAUGCAUACAUUGUUGUGUUUUCUGUUUAUGAAAAAUCCAGCUACGACAUAGCCUGUAGAUUCCUACAAUGUAUACGCAACGACCAGUUUAGUGACAGACCAAUUAUCUUGGUAGCUAAUAAAGUUGAUCUUGUGAGAAAAAGGCAAAUAACUAAAGAAGAGGCCAGACAUUUAGCAUCGAAGUUUAAUUGUAAAUAUAUAGAGACAUCAGCUACUUUGAAUAUAAAGGUUGACAAACUUCUGCUGGGAAUUUUGAAGCAAAUAAAAAUUAAACUACAACCAGAAAUUAAGGAGAGUUGUGAAUUAUCGACAAAACAGGUGAUAAAAAGAGGAUCUAUUGAAUUUCUUAAUAGAUUAUUCCAUCUUAAACACAAGGUCAAGAUGAAUAGUGAUGAUGUAUUUGCGUUCUGAUGUGAAUGAAAUGGGAUUAUGCAUGGUUACGAUAUUAGACUAGUUAUCAAGAUAGAUAUUGUGUCAAGGACACAGUGUAAUAUUGAUUUCAGUAAAGAUUCAGAAGAGAAGGAAAUCGUCGUGUGUUAUUACACACGUAAAAAAAGCAAAAUAUGAAGAAAUCAACAAUUGGCGUAAAUACAUUUACAAUGUACUAGUAAUUUUGAAGCUUUAUAGCUUGCUGUUCGGUGUGAGCCAAUGUUCGUGUUGAAGGCCAUACUUUUACCAAUACUUAUAACUUUUACAACAUUGUGACUUAGAUGGAGUGAUAUCUCAUUGGUACAUUCUUUGAUUUUUAUAUACAAUGUUCAU